CAAGGUUACACAUCCCCCAGAUGGAUCCUCCGUGUAGUUUUUAAAUCCGCAUACAGGAAUCAAGCCGCUCGUCACACAGACGCUCCAGCCAAAAUGGCGCUAUGUUUACGUUCCUGCAUAACGAUUUGUCAUACUUAGUAACCCUCAUGGCGAGCUCCGGCAAUUGUUUCGCUAGUAUAAUACUUUGACCUAACAUUUCACCACAGGACUACCGAUCCACGGCACACAGGCGAUAAUAAUUAAAGAUCCGUGACUGUAAAGUUCACCAGCAGCAAGAAGGAUGCAGGCUGAAGUCACAGACUCUUCUAUCAGAGAGGGCAUAGACGCUCUGGAUGUUAAGGACUCAGAAAAAGCUGAAGCAAAUAAAGAGGAAGAGGGAACUACAGAGGCACAGGACACAGAGAUGACAGCUGCCAAGGAGGAGGACCACUCAGCAGCUAAGGAAGAAACGGAUGGGAACACGGAUGCUGCAAACGGAAAGGCAGCGACUGAGGACCCUCAGGCGGACAUAAGGGCGGGUGCUGAAGACGAGAAGGAGGAGGUGGACAGUAAAUGGGAGCUUCCAUACAGCGAUGAGGAAAUGGAGGACCCCAAUAACUGGAUGCCACCUCCUUCUGAGAUCAAAAGACUCUACGAGCUCCUGGCUAAAGGAGAAAUGCUGGAACUGAGCUUCGUGCCCCUCCCAAGAAGGCCUCCCACACCCGAACGCUCCCCUUCACCUGAGAGAGACGAAGAGGAGGACGCGGUGAAGGAGAGGGAGAGGCAGGAAAAAGAUUGCAAACCUCCAACUCCAACUGAAUUUGACUUUGAUGAGGAGCAAAUGCAAGCAACUCCCAAAAAUGCCUUUAUCAACAGACGCAGAACACCAGGAUCUUCAGCCCGCUCCUCCGUGAAAAGGGAAGCUCGCCUGGACAAAGUGCUGUCGGACAUGAAGCGCCAUCGGAAAAUCGAGGAGCACAUCAUGCGCACGGGACGAGAUCUCUUCAGGACUGACAAGAAGCUGGAAGAAGCUCUAUCCCCAAACAGUCAGAAGGAGCGGGAGAAGGAGAGGGAGCGAGAUCGAGACCCCAACACCAUCUUCUCCCCGAGACAGAGGAGAUAUUAAAGUAUUUAAAGAGGAGGACUUGCCCGGAGGCAAACGAGUCAGAGAGCUCGUCAAGACUGGGCUCUCGCAAGACUUGAAUUUUUUUAAUGUAACAAGUUUUGUAUGUUUUAUGUGUUUUCUAUGAUGGCAAUAAAAGUUUUAACCCUGG